AUGCAUCUAAAAAUUAUGUGCUUAAAUGAUGAAGUCAGGCAAAUGUAUAAAAACCACAAGACACAUCAUGAAGGAGAUAGUGGUUUGGAUUUAUUCAUAAUCAAAGAUGAAGUAUUGAAACCGAGGUGUACUACUUUUGUAAAACUUGGAAUCAAAGCAAUAGCUCUUCAAUAUAAAUAUAGGUAUUACAACAAAUUCGACCAGAAAAGUACUAAUGAUUGCAUGAACAUUGAAGAUGACAAUGCAAAUAAAGGGAAUAGUAAUGAGCACAACUCUGAUAUCGUGAAUACAAGUUUCCUUUUAUUUCCUCGUAGCAGUAUAUCUAAAACCCCACUACGAUUAGCUAAUUCUAUAGGUUUGAUAGAUGCAGGAUAUAGAGGUGAAAUUAUUGCAGCUCUUGAUAAUACAAGUAAUGAAGAAUAUGUUAUUAAGAAAAAUGAUAAACUAGUUCAGCUAGUUUCCUUUACAGGAGAACCAAUUUCAUUCGAGUUAGUAGAUGAACUCGAUGAAACAUCCAGAGGGGAGGGUGGCUUUGGUUCAACUUCCAACAAGAAAUAA